GGACCUCGAUAACUGUACCUUCUCUUCCCAUUCGCGACGUCCAACUUUCCUUGCCUGCAAUAUGUCUGUCAUUCUAGUCACUAGAGGUACUGGUCUUGUGGGCAAGGCUAUCCAGCAUGUCAUUGAGACAGAGCCGGAGGGGUCGCGCUUUGGUAAGCAGCCCGGCGAACGGUGGAUAUUCGUUGGCUCCUCUGAAGCUGAUCUGAGGGAUCCGGAACAGAUGAAGAAGUUGUUUGAGAAGUACAAGCCGACCCAUGUUAUUCACCUCGCCGCGUUCGUUGGCGGCCUUUUCAAGAACAUGAAGUACAAGCUCACAUUCCUGCGGGACAACAUCCUCAUCAACGAUAACGUCCUCCACAAUGCAUACCUGAACAAUACAAAGAAGGUCAUCUCAUGCCUCUCAACAUGUGUCUUCCCGGACAAGGUCACGUAUCCGCUGGACGAGACCAAGAUCCACCUGGGCCUGCCGCACGAGAGUAACUUCGGGUAUGCACACGCGAAGAGAAUGGUGGAUGUCCAGAACCAUGCAUACAAGGACCAGUAUGGUUGCAACUUCACUUCGGCUAUCCCGACCAAUGUGUUCGGCCCCAACGACAACUUCAAGUUGGAGGGCUCACAUGUCAUUCCAGGCCUGAUCCAUAAGUGCUACCUCGCGAAGAAGAAUGGCACUCCAUUCGUCAUAUCCGGUACUGGGAAACCGCUGCGGCAGUUCAUAUACUCCUACGAUCUUGCCAAGCUAUUCAUCUGGCGGCUUCGCAAGUACGACGACGUCGAGCCUGUCAUCCUCUCAGUCGGUGAGGACGAGGAGGUGAGCAUCAAGGAAGUUGCGGAUGCAAUCGUCAAGGCAAUGGACUACAAGGGCGAGUACACGUUCGACACGACCCGCGCAGAUGGGCAGUUCCGCAAGCCGGCAUCGAACAAGAAGCUGCUGUCGCUCAUUGGUGACUUCCAGUUCACGCCGUUCGAUAAAGCCCUGAAUGACACGGUGAAAUGGUUCAAUGAGAACUACGACAGCGCCAGGACAGGCGCGAAGCCGGUAGCUUGAGAGGUUUACGGUGAACAUUCGGACUGUCUAUCUCACGCGGUGUGACGAUGCUUGUGUAUUGUGAACGGCCACUUGUUUGCAUGGACAAUAUCGAUUAGGCUCGGAUCAUCCAGUGGAUGCGUUGUGCCUUUCACUCAAUAACCUCUCAGUAUAGCAAGCUGCCGUCAAGUGUGCAAAUAAUCGAUAAAAAGGAUUAACGGAGUGCCUACAAAGGUAGCUGUAAUAGAAAGGACUUUGUUCAGGUAUGGCGUCUAUCUUCGAGAUCGGCGUUCUUGGGCGGUACGGUGUCGAAGGGAAGGGAAAAGGCUUCGUAAAACCACGACUUAACCAGUUGACGGUCCUGCCCGCCCUCGAUUGGUCCACCAGAGUUACCAGGCCAAUCGAUGUCCUGAUUACGC